ACUUUGUGUCUCUACUACUUUGUACUAUAAAAGGUUGCCUCAGUGCGUCGAGCAGUUCAGUCUUCGAUUAGAAUGCCAAUGUGCAGGACACGUAAACGUUAGAUAAGUGUUGUUGAAACGAACGCGCAGAGCAAAAGCAACAUUAUUCGCACAUAUAAAAUACAAUUGGAAUACAGUGAAGAGCAAGCACGUUGCAGAAGAAGAAGCAUAAAAUAAGUUAAGAAAAUUACAAAAUAAGCAAAAUAAGUGCGUGAAUUUUAUUUAGUUCAAUGAAAAUAUUCGAAAUAUUCACAUGCAACUAAAUGAUAUUUGUGUGCAACUGACAAAAUUUUACGGGCGCGUCUUUACUUAACAACAAAUUCCAACAAAAAAAAUAGCAUACUUCACGUGAUAAACGCACAGCAGCCGUCAAAAUAGCCGAGCAGCCGAAGUGUGUGUUGCCUAUUAUUUGGUAUCCACAAAUUGGAACUCUCAUAAUUGCCACGCCGCGAGUGAACAACACUUGCAACACAAAUGAAAAUUUAUUAGCAUUUAAUUUGAUUUGAUUAAAUGUGUAUACUUAACAGUGUGGCAGUGGCGGAAAGCCACUGAAACGAACACAAUUGAUUGGCAGCGGACGAGUGUAUAUAUUUCCGGAAAAAAGUAUACACAUGCCUUGUGGCAAGUGCGGCGCGUAUAAAUUGUAUGUGUUUUUGUGCAAAUUUUACGAACUAAACGAACGCUGUUGUAUGCCGAAAAUAGCAAAAUAACGGUCAAAGCACUAAAAUAUACGCAUACAGGCAAAGCAAGUACGAAAUACGAAGGAGCAAACGACGAAGUCUAAGCAUUUUGCUGUGUGUUGCACGGUUUUGUACUGGCUGUUUGGUGCUUUUGUGGGCGAAUAAACGAGCGAGUGGCAAAGCCAAAAUUAAAGUCGAAAAAUACUUCGUGAAAUAUCAAGCGAAAAACGCAAGGAUUUGUGGCAAACGAACUUUAAUGAAACGAUAAGCUGAGUGAAACUUGCGUAGGAAUUUAAUAAAAUUUAUAAAGUUGUAUGUAAAAAAAUUGCAAAAUUACAACCAAAAAUAUAAAUAAGUCAAUUUAAGCUAAAAGGCAGAAAAUUUUUAAUGAAUGACUGUUUAAAAAAUUUACAAAAAAAAAAAAACAAUAAAAAAAUUAAAUAUAUAGAAAUUAUUAUAAAUUUAAAGAAUUGAAAAAUAAAUUAAAGUAAACAUAAAGCAUUACAAAAAGCUUGCAAUAAAUACAUAAAACCAACAAAAAAAAUAAACAAAUUUCAACACUUCAAACGGCAUGUUGCACGUAUGUGUUGCAAGCCAUCUUGCACAUAUGCUUAAGUAACGUUUAUUAAAAUAAAAACAAUGCAAAUUGCCGCCAAUAAGCGGAUAUUAAUUAUUAAAAAACAUUAACUUUACAAAAUGUUGUGGCAAGUGGCGCAUUAUGUGUGCAACUAAAUGUGUAUAGUAAAAGUAAUUAAACGCACAACAAUGCGCAAAACAACAAUUAAAACUAUAACUGCAAGCAUUUGAGGCCAUAAAAUAAAAAAUAGCAAAUAAGCGCUUAAACCACAUUUUACACACACCAACACAACUACUUGCAACAUCCUAUUAAUUUUUAAUUGCACUGCACUUUUUAAUUAAAAUAUUUUACAAUGGCCAACUACUAUUUACAAAAACAACAAAGUACACAAAAAUUCUACCAAUAUGCAACGCUAGUCAUCUUGCUGCUAACGCUCAUAGCUGGCGGCAAUAUGCAGCAACAACAGCAGUUGAUGCAACAAGCGCCUAGCUUGCAGCAACAGCAGCAACAACAGCAACAGCAGCAGCAUGCUACAAACACAAAACAGCAGUCACAGCAAGCGCAGCAGCAUCAGCAACACUCGAACGCCAUUAUGGGCGAAGCGGGCGUAACCAACUCACAAUUGCCACAACCGCCUACAGCGACACAUUAUGGCGGCGCCAAUCUGCAGCCGGGCAUGGCAGGCGGCAUGCUUGCCGGGACAGCAGCGCAGGAUCCGCGCUAUGAUGCGCCCGAUGAUUGCCAUUUUUUGCCCGCCGCUGGACCAGAUAAUCCAGAGAUAGCGCUCACAUGCAAUCUGCGUACGGUCAAUAGCGAAUUUGAUACGACCAAUUUUAGUGUGAUACCCGCCGAACAUACGGUGGCGUUGCAUGUCUUGUGCAACGAUGAAAUCAUGGCGAAGAGCUCGCUGGAGCCGCAUUGCUUUGCGCAUUUGGUGCGCCUGCAGGAGCUCUCCAUCCAAUACUGCAAGUUGGCCAAGUUCAAUCGACAUGUGCUCGAGGGUUUGACACAGUUACGCAAUCUUACAGUGCGCACAAAUAAUAUACUCUGGCCUACGAUCAAUUUCGAUAUUGAAGCCGAUGCUUUUGCGGUGGCUAAGAAUUUGGAACGUUUGGACUUGUCAUCGAAUAAUAUUUGGUCCUUGCCCGAUAAUAUAUUUUGUGCACUGAGCGGCUUGUCAUCGCUGAAUAUGAGCGAGAAUCGUUUGCAGGAUGUGAAUGAGUUGGGUUUUCGUGAGCGAACACAUGAACAGGCGACUAAUACAGAACAUUCUACUGCAGCAACACCCGAAGUGUCCACAAGGCGUCAGCAAACUGGAAAUAGCGCUAAUAACACCAGCUGCAAUUUAGAUUUAGAGAUACUAGAUGUAUCGUACAAUCAUUUUGUACUGUUGCCCGCUAACGGUUUUGCCACGCUACGCCGUUUACGUGUGCUGCAAGUGAACAACAACGAGAUUUCCAUGAUCGCGGAUAAGGCGUUGAGUGGUCUCAAGAAUUUGCAAAUACUCAAUCUUAGUUCGAAUAAAAUUGUUGCUUUACCAUCCGAACUCUUCAUCGAGCAAGCUGGCACAAUACAGGAGGUAUACUUGCAAAACAACUCGAUUAGUGUGCUCUCACCGAAACUAUUCUCCAAUCUCGAUCAAUUGCAAGCGCUCGAUCUGUCGCAUAAUCAGAUCACAUCAACAUGGAUCGAUCGCAGCACAUUUGUUGGUCUUAUACGACUGGUAUUACUCAAUUUGGCGCACAAUAAACUCACCAAACUCGAACCGGAAAUCUUCACUGAUCUCUAUACAUUACAGAUCUUGAAUCUGCGUCACAAUCAGCUGGAAAAUAUCGCAGCCGAUACCUUUGCGCCCAUGAAUAAUCUACACACACUACUGCUCUCACAUAAUCGUCUCAAAUACUUGGAUGCUUAUGCACUCAAUGGGCUCUAUGUGUUGUCACUACUUUCCUUGGACAAUAAUGCUUUGAUUGGCGUGCAUCCUGAAGCCUUCCGCAAUUGUAGCUCUCUACAGGAUCUUAAUUUGAACGGCAAUCAGUUGAAGACAGUACCUUUAGCAUUGAGAAAUAUGCGUUUACUACGCACGGUGGAUCUUGGUGAGAAUAUGAUUACUGUGCUGGAGGAUAACGCUUUCAAGGGUUUGGGUAAUCUCUACGGACUGCGGUUAAUAGGCAACUUUUUGGAGAAUAUAACAAUGAAUGCCUUCAAAGAUCUACCGAGCUUGCAAAUACUCAACCUUGCACGUAAUCGCAUUGGUGUAGUGGAGCCUGGCGCUUUUGAAAUGACCUCGAGCAUACAAGCGAUACGAUUGGAUGGUAAUGACUUAAGCGAGAUCAACGGUUUGUUCAGCAAUAUGCCUUCAUUACUUUGGCUAAAUAUCUCCGAUAAUCGUUUGGAGCACUUUGAUUACGCGCACGUGCCAAACACGUUGCAAUGGCUGGAUCUGCAUAAGAACCGUUUGGGUGAGCUCUCCAAUCGCUUCAGCCUGGAUACGCAAAUACGUUUGCAGACUCUGGAUGCGAGCUUCAAUCAAAUUCAACGCAUUUCGCCCUCCUCCAUACCGAACUCUAUCGAACUGCUUUUCCUCAACGACAAUCUCAUACACAUCGUGGAUCCGGACACUUUCAUGCAUAAGUCCAAUCUGACGCGCGUCGAUCUCUAUGCCAAUCAGAUUAGCACGCUGGAUAUCAAGUCGUUACGCAUACUGCCCGUACAUGAGCUGCGCUCUUUGCCUGAGUUCUACAUUGGCGGCAAUCCCUUCACCUGCGACUGCAAUAUCGAUUGGCUGCAAAAGAUCAAUCACAUUAAAUCGCGGCAGUAUCCACGUAUUAUGGACUUGGAGACCAUAUACUGCAAGCUGCUGAACAAUCGUGAACGCGCCUACAUACCACUCAUCGAUGCGGAACCCAAGCAUUUUUUAUGCACUUACAAGACGCAUUGCUUUGCGGUCUGUCAUUGCUGUGAGUUCGACGCUUGCGACUGUGAGAUGACCUGUCCUACAAAUUGUACUUGCUUCCAUGAUCAAACUUGGUCGACGAAUAUUGUAGAAUGCUCCGGCGCUGGCUACACGCAAAUGCCACGUAAGGUGCCCAUGGACACCACUGAGUUGUACAUUGAUGGCAACAACUUUGCCGAACUUCCAGGUCACACUUUCCUGGGACGCAAAAAUCUCGCUGUACUGUUUGUUAACAACUCAAAUGUACAGUUUCUGCAUAAUACAACCUUCAGUGGUCUCCGCAGGCUAUUGGUGCUGCAUCUCGAAGACAAUCACAUCGCUGAGGUGCGUGGCGAUGAGUUCAGCAAUCUGGAGAACCUACGUGAACUCUAUCUACAGAAUAACCGCAUAGCGAAUGUCGGCAACGGCAGUUUUCAGGCUUUGCGUAAGUUGGAGGUGCUACGUUUGGACGGCAAUCGGCUGGUGCAUUUUGAGGUCUGGCAGUUGGCACUUAAUCCUUACUUAGUUGAGAUUGGGCUUGCAGACAAUCAGUGGAGUUGCGAGUGCAGCUACUUGAUGCGCUUCCGCACCUACCUCGCACAGACGGCCGAGAAGAUUGUCGAUGCAGCACGCGUCUCCUGUGUCUACAACAAUGCCACAAGCGUGCUGCGCGAAAAAAACGGCACGAAGUGCACGCUACGUGGGGAUGAGGUUACCACAUAUGCACAUGCUAGUGAAAUUGAACAUCUACUGCCACUGCUGUUAAUCGCCACAUGUGCCUUUGUCGGCUUCUUCGUGCUCAUCUUGGGCAUCUUUUGCUAUCGCCAUGAGCUCAAGCUGUGGGCACAUACAAAUUGUCUGCUCAACAUGUGUUAUGCAGGCCGCAAUGCGCACGGUUUCGUCGAGUCGCUGGACAAGGAUCGUCUGUGUGAUGCAUACUUUGCCUAUAGCUUACAGGAUGAGCACUUCGUUAAUCAAAUAUUGGCACAGACGCUGGAACAUGACAUUGGCUAUCGCUUGUGUUUGCAUUAUCGUGACGUGAAUAUCAAUGCGUAUGUAACGGAUGCCAUCAUCGAAGCCGCUGAGAGCGCCAAGCAGUUUGUGGUCGUGUUAUCGAAGAAUUUUCUCUACAACGAAUGGACACGUUUCGAAUAUAAAUCAGCAUUGCAUGAAAUGGUGAAGCGUCGCAAACGUUUGGUCUUCAUAUUGUAUGGUGACUUGCCGCAACGCGACAUCGAUAUGGAUAUGCGUCAUUACUUGCGUACGAGCACCUGUUUGGAAUGGGAUGAUAAGAAAUUCUGGCAGAAGCUACGCAUCGCACUGCCGCACAUACGCAAGCGACCAAUGACCGCCAAUUGUCUGGCAAGCCGAUCGGCCGUGAACAUUUACGCUUCAGCGCACGAAUACCAGCCCGCAGGCGCUAAUAGUACCGUUGGUGGUGGCGUUGGUCUGCCAAAUGGACACCUCAGCAGUGCAGGCAUCGGCGUUGAUAAGGCGCACUACGCCGACUGCAACAACUAUGCGACCAUUAAUGAUUGUGGCGUUGGCGCGCGCGGUUAUGCACCAAUACCCACCGCCGCAGCUGCCUGCAAAUUCAAUACGCUCAACGAACUCUCGCACAAAAUGCAUAAAAAUGAUUUGCUGAACAACAUUGGCGGCGCCGGCAGCGGCAUGUGUGGUAUUGGGCUGGGUGGUGGCGCCAAAACGCUCGAUCAUCAUCACCAUCUCCGCGGGCAUCAGCAGCAUGAGUACGCGGUGCCCGCAUAUUUGGGCGCGCUGAGUAACGGACAUGUGGGCGGUGGCGGCAACGCGCCUACCUACGAUAGCGUCGACUACGCCAAGCAACAGCAAAAGCUGAGCGCUAGCAACAAUUGCGACAACUGCACCGUAGGCACACAGAAACGCGUCACUAAAGGUGGUCUACAUCCCAGCUUCUCAUCAAAUUUCACAGCGCCGCCUAACGGCACAAUCACUGGCGCUUGCUACAACAGCUACAACUGUAAGAAACCAUGUAAUUGUGGUGCGCGCAAGCACGCGUCUGCCGCUAGUGAUGACGGCAUCAGCUGUCGCUGUGGCACAGCGAGCAGUGGCGUGGCAAAGGAGCUGCCUACAGCAACCGGGGCGCCUACGCCAGCACUGGCUGCGUCUGCAACUACAUGCAGCAGCAAUAGCAGCAACAACAGCGAUCGUAGCAGCAGUGUCACCAACAGCAGCAACAAUAGCACCAGCUCAGCGGGUAGCGCCAAUCGUCAACCAACCGAGCAGCUGGCACACUAUGAAUCCAGUUUAUCGCUGAACGAGAGCGCGGCGCUGAAUGGGCCACUGUGGGCGUAACAACAACUGGAUUUGGGUGGCGGCAUUGCGGGCGGUAAGACGCGCUUGGCAGUCUGCUUGAAUGUGUAAGCGCGACAUGAACCAAUUGCCUAGCAAACGCAAUGGAAAUUUGUAUGUAGUUACUUUUAAGUGUGUGUAUGUGUGUGCAAGUGCUUAAAUAUAUGCGUGUGUGUGUGUUAGUUUAAAAAAUAUGUAGAGCGCGUCAAAGCCUCAGAGACAGACUGUGCAACCAGUGAAUUUAAUUAAAUGCCUGCAUGCACACACAUACACAUAUGAAGGUGUGUAUGUGCGCAUAUGCGUAUGCAGGCAGUUACGCAACUAGUAGUUCUUGUAUGUAGGCAGUGAAUGUGAAUUGUUGGGGCCACUUGCUGUAGCACGCUUAGGCAGUGGCGUGCACUGAAACGACUCUUUACAAGUAUGAUACUCUGUAAAAAGUAAAAUUCCAAAAGCAAAACUAACGAACUUAAACCACAACAAAAAAAGAAAUAACAAAAACAAAACAAAAGCAACAAACAAACUACGUAAAACCGCUAACUAGUUAUAGUUACUUAAAUGAUAAUUAUUAUAUUAUACUUAAAUUAUUACUUAACGUCUAAGCACUUAGCAAAGCGAGGCAAGCAAACUGAACAAAAAAUUAAAUAAAUAAAUAAAAUAAAACAAAAUAAAUGAUUUUCACUAGCAUUAGUAUUUACCAUAUAGCGGAUAAUAAGUGUGCUUGUGUGUAUGCGAUCGUGUUUAUUGUAUAUGUAUGUAUAUAUAAAUUUAAAAAUAUUUGAUUUCUUUUUGGACUUCAAACUAGCAAAACGAUAAUGUUUGAAAAUUUUAAUAUAAAAAAAUUAAAAUUGUUAAAUAGACUGAUAAAGUUAGUUAUUACGUUUAAGUUUCUUAUAAAUAUUAAUUAUUAAACAAAAAUAACAAAAACAAAGACAAUUAAAAAAUUUUAAACUAAGUGCAAAAUACAAAAUAAAGUUGAGUAUCUAUUAUUGGCGCUUCAAGAAAUUUAAAACUAUUGUUUUUUCAUUUCAUUUGGCAAAAUUUUUAGGGAAGCGAUAUUUUGACGCUGAACAAACCAACUUUUUAUGUUGUAGGUAAUUUAAAUAAUAGAGGAAGAAAGGAAGGAAGUGUAAAAUAUUUUCUUUUUUUUUGCAAAUCACAAUUUAAGAAGUAUUCGCAAGGAGGAAGUGUAUUUUUAUUGCACAAAAGCGUUUCAAUCCUGUUUUAUUCUUUAAUUUUUUUAUAUAUAAAAAUUGUACAAAAACUUUCACAAAAGUGUACAAGAAAUAGCCAAAAUGUGUAUAGAUUAGGCAACAUGAUGCAACAGCAUUUUUUUUUGGCUUAAUGUGAGCCUUAUAAACAGCGCCUAAAGGUAGGCAGCAUUAAGUGUAAUUGCGUACCUUUCGGUUUAAAACAACUUAAGAGUAGUUUCUUUGAAGAAAAUAAUUCAAAAAAGAGAAAUAUUGUUUAAAUUUUUUUGAAUAACUCUCCAGUUAUUUGAAAUAAUAUAGAUCGUUGAUCAAAUACCUUUAAAUGUAGACUUUUCUCCCAAGUAAAAUCCAAUUUACGUUACAAAAAACUUGUAUCGGAUCACCAUUUUAUAUUUACGCCACGUAACUCAUUCUUUAAAAAUUUGUAACCUUAAAGUAUCUAGUUGAAGCCCUAUCUCAUUCUAUAAAAAUUUAUAACAUUUCAAAAGCUGCGAGACUUGCUCGGUCCUAGUUCGAUUUUCCUACUGAAAACUAUUUUUAAGUGCACUUAAUUAAAAUUUUUUACUAUUGAUUGAUUUUAUUUUUUUGAUAAUAUUCAUUUAUUUUAAUAAUUUUAAUAACUUAUGUUUUUAAUGCUACAAAUUGCUACCACUAGGCAUGAUUAUCCAAUAUUAGUUAACGAUCUGCUAUUAGCUUAAAAAUAUGGUUUCAUGGCCACAAUCUUCCAAUGUUUUCUAAUUUACUAAAACGUUAUUGAAAUUUGAGAACAUUUACACAAUUAUUGCUUCGCGUUGCACUAAUUUAUUUGAAUAUUUAUGUAUAUUUUUUUUAAAAGGGUUUAAUUAAGUUUCAGGAUUCUUAACCAAAUUAAGGCAAAUUUAAACUUACUUCCGUUUGCCCAUAUACAUUUUUUUGUGAUAAUUGAAGAUUUUAGGACUAAAUCUAUAUCUGAAUUUGAUAUAAGUCUACCGAAAGCUACAGUAUUUUUAAUACCAGGUUGUGAUUUUUUUCGCUUAGCAUACUUUUGAGCGUUUAAUAACUUCAAUAAGUACUUAUUACUUCAUUUUGAGGUUAAAAGACUUUCUCACUAAGAUAAAAUGGUAUUCGAAGUGUUAGAAAUAUAAAACUACUUUCAAAAAAAUUGUUAAUAUAGUUAGCGUAGCAUACUUUUAGGCGAAAAACCAGUUAAAUCAUAAAAUGUUCAUUUUUCGUUUUCCCUUGCAUUCAAUAUCAGAAAUUAGGAAUUAUUGUGCUCAUUUUGUUUUUUACCCAUCCCACUUAUCUAUGUUUAUACCAUUUGCACUCACUUUUCUUGCCUUCAACUUAUCAGAUUUCACAAAGAUUGAGUAAAAAAAAAAUUCGCAACGCAUUUCAGCCUUCAUUUUACAAUACUACAUAGAAUAAAAACCUUUAUUACCAUUACAAAUAUGCUAAGAAUUUACAAAAUCAGGUUGCAGAAGUUCACUAACCUGUACCAUUGCAUACAAACAGGCGCUUAUUUGUAUGGAACUUUAAAUACCUAAUAGUAUUGUAGUACAAUAUUCUGCUAGUAUUUGCUAGGACUUGUCUAUAUUAUGUGUGCCCAACGAAUUAAACUUUUAUGAUACAUUUAAUAAGCACUGCUUACAUAAGUUUAAAAUUUUCACUGUUUGCCGCUGAACUAAUUUUCACUUUUUUCCGUCAGUCAACACAAACGCUUUUAAAUAAUUCAUGUGCAUUGUCGUAACGUUUUAAAUUUUAUGCGGUUUAUUUAUUUUUCGCUUUUGAAAGCACAAAUAAAUUUUUGCCAUAAAAAAGCAAAUAAAGUAGGCAAAAAGCUCGCACAAUUCUGCACUUGAAAAUAAUUUAAUUAGUUAGCUGCUAGACGAACUGUAAAAAACAAACAUGCAUGCCACAAAAAUGCUGCUAAAAAUGUGAGAAAAUUGUUUAUAAAAUGCGCAAAUAUUGCCAUUAUAAAUAAUGUUAUUUUUUUUUAGCUAACUGAGAAAGCGCAAUUGCUGCGGCUUGCGCACAUUUGCAUAUCUGUGGCCACUACGGCGCAUUGCGUUUAAAUUUACGAAAAACACUAUGAAAAAUUAUUCUAAAGUUCACAUUGUAAUAGUUUUUUUUUUUGUAUUUGUAGAAUUUAAACGAAAUAUUUUUUAUACUGUUCCAGACUAUUCACACUGCUGUAUUUAGCGACUGCAUUUACGAAUUAUACCAAAUAUAAAAAGCAAUAAAUAAAUAACAAUUGUUGCAAGUAAAAGCA